AUGCAGUGUCAGUCCCCCGUCCCCAACAUCAAGACCUCCAACCUUUCUUCCUCUUCUCCAUCGUCAGCCAGCUCCACCUUCUCACAGGCCAUGAAGUCCCGUUUCGGACGAGAACGUAACCCUACCAGUCCAAUCACCCCUACCCCUACCCCUACUAGCACUCCCACUACCCUCGGUCGCUCAACCUCGUUCCGUCGCAGUCGAUCUCGUAACCCUUCUGCCCCUGGUCCCGAAACAACAUUGUCCAAUGACUCAGCAACAGGAGGAGGAGGAGGAGGGACAGGGCUAUUGGCGGCGACGGCGGCAUCGAUGCGCAAGAAGCUGAACAGGAGGUCUAUCUCGGCUGACAAUCUGCCCUUCUCAUCCUCCUUACCGUCGCCUUCUUCGCUUCAUCGUCCUCCAAAAACUAAAAGGCGAGCGCAGGCUCAGAAAUUGGCUAAUGCACAAGGAGGAGCGGGAGAAGUGGGAGCAUGGGGGGGUAUUUCAAUUGGAAUGAAGGAUAGUCGAGGGGCAGGCGGGGGAGGACAAGGAGGAGGGACCGUUGCGUUUCAGGAUGCGCGAAGUGGUGGUGGUACUCCUCGGCAACAACAAGGAGCGAAUAACACCAACACCGAGAGUGAUGGAAGGCGUAACACCAAGAACAACAGGAAUGCUGCAGCAGAGACCCUCAUUCGCAGUAUUAACAUCAACAGCAGUCGCGACGGUGACGAUGAUGACGUGGAUCCUAUGGAUGGUGGCGAUAGUACUUCGAAGAGCGACGAUUUGUCGUCGUCCGUUGAUGCUGCAGACAUGUUCACUCCAGUCGACAGGUUGGAAGAUGAAGAUAAAUACACUACCACCAGCUCUCGUGCGGCAGAAACGAAGCGUCUUCAGAAGCAACAUAAGAUCAAGCUGCUACAGCAGAACUCAAUCGAGUUCCUCUCGAUCGAACAUGCGCGGAGCCGACCUCACGAAGUACUCUCGCACUCGAACCCACCGGCCCGGUCCCUGUCCAAGAUCCUACGCCGGAGAAGCGAUUCAACUCUAGUCUCGUCCGGUAUUGGUAGCAGCGCGGUUGCCAGUCGUAGUUGUGUGGCGUUGAAUACUACCCUGGCGUUGGAGGAUCUUGAGAGGGAGAUCGAUGCCCUCAAGGCCAAGGAGGCACUGCUCCAGGGUAACGUUGCUUCAUUCUCUGCCGUCGAUCACAAGGCCAAGUCGACGGAUGAUUGUCGCCAAAGAGGGCUAAAGUCACCCUCUCGUCGAGAGGCCAAGAUCUUGUUGGUCUCCAGCAGCGCGCUUCCCACCCAGUUCUAUGACUCAGCCAAGACCCGCAGUGUCCUCCGCACCUACCUGACCAGUUCGGGGCUCGAGUUUGACGAGAUGAUCGAGUAUGGGUUCCCAUCCGAGGCCUUCAUGAACGACGAUGACGACGAUUCCAACACGCGUUCCGAGGACCCUUCGUCCUCUCAACAGAAGGCAGCGGCGGAGCUGGUCCCAAGUUGUCGGUUCCUGACGCUGAGAAUCACAUUGACACCCUGGCAUGCUCGAGCAGACGAGUCGACACUCUAUGGGCCCGCGACGACCAUGGGACGUCAGUUGCAAUUCAAGGCGAUGGUCAACCGGUUCUUUUCGAGGACGGGUAACACUACGACCACUGUUAUGAUGGGCACCCCUCUGUCAUCCCCGUCGUCUUUGACCCUUGUUGGAGGAACUGGAGCGACUACUGCACCCAGGAUAAACCCCAGAACUUUGUCUACCAGCGUCUCCAUGUCGGCGCUGGAUACUGCUACGGGUAGUGCUAGGGAUUCUUCGACCUCUCGUCCACCGAGUCGUGCAGCCGAGAGCCGCAACACCAGUCGUGCCAACAGUCGUGCCAACAGUCGUGCUAGCAGCCCCAGACGAGACAGGUCCAGCCCUCCUUCCUCCCACCGCGGCAGCCCUGCCGCCACCACCGACCAUCCUUGUGGAUCUGUUAGCACUCCUCUGUCGCCGCCGCACACCCUAUCACCCAACUAUGUAUCCUCUCGUGUGCCAACAAUAACAAAGGAAGGAGAUCAUUCGCCCAGAGUCGGUCGUCGUCUCUUCUCGCCCACUCCGUCAUCACACUCGAUGAUCCCACUACCAGUUGGUACUAGUAGCACGUCUCAACCUCCCAGGAAGGGCUCUCUGUCUGCCCUGUCACUCCCUCUCGGUUCACAGCAGCAGCAACAGCAACAACCCUCUUCAUUGACCUCGUCGUCAGGGCAUGCUCCUAUGGUCCCUCCUCGUCGCAAAGGCUCCACACCCGCCUUGUUUUUCACCCCUCCUCCUCCUUCCUCGUCAACCCCCAGUCCCAGAAGUGCUUCCUCCUCCACAGAUCGAAAAGUCUAUCCAUCCCCCUCAACACGAGCAGCACAGACCUACGGGUUCUCCGCACCCCCUCGACGGCCCUCAGACCAGUCCGAUACCAUCAGCACUAGCCUCGCCUCUGCUCGCGGGUUGAACAAUAGCGGAAGUGGUGCCAGAUAUUUGCGUGAGAAGGCGUCGUUCGAUACUGAGCAGCAGAACAGGAGGCAGCAUCCUCGGUACCCGCAUUCUAUCCAUAUCAAGCAGCAGCAGCGGACUGGUCCGUUGUCUCCUUCCACUCCUUCUCCUUCAUCCAACAGUGGCAGUGGUAAAAGUCGACAGGGCAGCCAUAGUCAUUUUCCUACCCUUGACCACCACCAGCAACAGCAACAGCAGCAGCAGCAACAGCAACACCCUAUCUCGUUGCCGUUUUCGGAACAGGAUUCGGAGGAACAGAUCUAUGAAUGCUACCAUGUUGCAGGACUCGACAACAUCUACAGGAAUACCACCUCUCGAGCUCAGCCAACCGCGGAGAAGAGGAUUCAUCCGUUUCAGGAUGUUCCUCACCACUCGUCUCAACAACAUCAGCACCAGCAUUCGGCGCGGCAUGAGAUAAAACUGCUCCAUAUCUCGGCACGACGUGAUGGAAAGGGCGGUGAUGAGGGUCGAGGAGGCCAGUUGUCGUCGUCUUCGGCGAUGCCAGGUGGUGCAGCUGAGCAGACACCCCUAUCUGCGGCCCCUCCACGGAUCCAAGCCAAGAACCAGCGUCGACGCGGUGGCAGCUCCUGCGAUGGCUCUUCAACUACCACCACCACCACCACCAGUCGCAACGGGCCAACAGGAGCCGCUGACCGUGACCGUGUUCGUCAACAGAACUAUACCAAUGUUGCUAUGAAGAGGGAGGAGGGAGAGAUGGAUGAAUGUGAAGUCCACGUCGGGGAUCGCAGCUUCGAUGGCGCACCGCUUGUAGAUGGAUCGGAGGAUUUGGAUGAGGAGGAGGAGGCUAAGGUUGCGGCGGCGAGGAUUGGAGGAUACUGGCGUCCGAUUGAGUGUCACCAGACGUCGACCAUGAAGACCUUUGCUUUUCCUUAA